UUCAGGGUCCCUAAACCCCUGUACCCUCUAUAGUACACCCCACCAUGGCUGCUCUUCUAUUUGACGACAUAACAGAAGGGCUCCAGCAGGUCAACUGUCCCUUCCAACCCCCGAAUAGUGGGGCUCUGAAGGGUAUGCUGGGUGGCAAGGCUUGUAGUAACAUGUAUACCAAGGUUGUGGUGUGGUUGUGUUAUCAGAUGAAGGGGCAUGUGGAGCCGGUCUCUAUUCCUCAGUCGCCUGAUGAAGAGCCACUUUUCAGAGUUGAACUGAGUACGGUUGUAAUUGAGUUAGGAUGUCCAGUUCCUGGUAUAGGAGGAGCAGACUCACUGACUGAUCCCAACAAUCGUACUGCAGUCCUGCACUACCUUGUACAUGAGCUGAUGUCUGUUAGACUCGCGGCCGCUUCUCAUACCAAAACUAAGCAGAUAAAUACAGAUAAGGGUUGUUUCUCUGGUCACCCUGCCCUCCAAGAUCUGGCAACUAUUUACAGUACUCUCAGUCUACAGUCACCUGGUCCUGAGGACGAAAUACCUGACAUUUUUGAAACUAUAAUACACAAGAUAAAUGAAAUUGCUAAUAGAAAUGGAGAAACUGUGAAUGGUCUACUCUCUGAUCCUAUUCUGAAGUUAUCCCUGAAACCAGAGGAAUGGCAAAAGUUUGAGGAAGUCAGCCAUGUUUUGAACGAAGAAUACACGAUAAGAUUCAAAACUUUACUCAAGAGGCUGGACUUGACUUUAUCUUCGUUCAAAUGGGGAAAGAAUAAGGAUAAAGCUGAGACGCUGGACAAAGUUUAUAACUUGCAAAGGCGGAUUAUGAAAGACUCUGCUAACCUUGGGGUGGCAGACGUUUUAGCUGCUAGAGUGGAUUUAGCAUGCAUUCCUAAGACGAGUAGCGGUUCAGUGAGGGAUAACACCAAGACCAAGCUCAACAAGAUGGUCAUUGUGGGACAGGUUCCUGAUAGAGGUGGAAGACCUUUAGAACAGCGACCAGAACCAGAAAUACCAUCUUGGCAGAAAGACAAGAAUAAGAGGGGACGUGGAGGAGGUUAUCAUUACCAGCAAACACGCGGGGGUCAAUCACAAGCAUCGCGUGGUAAUCGAUAUCAGCAACAAACUAAUCAGAACAGACAGCAGGGGUACCAUCAGAACAAAGGGUAUCAUGAUCGAAUGAACAAUCCGGGACAACCCCAGAACGACCAGCAGAAUCCGGGACAGCAGCCGAACCAAGGUGGUAACAGACGUGGUGGUUUCCAGAACAAUCGAGCAAACCGGGGAGGGAGCUGGGGUGGUUAUAGCCGGGGUGGGGGUGGUGGUAACCAGGGUGGUGUUUAUUGAAGUAUUGUUGUGAUUUAUGCAUGGUGUUAGCGUAGUUUUUAAUUUGUUGACCCUUUUUUAUAAAGUUUUGUGUUUUAGAACGAUGUUUAGUUGUAUUUAACGAGUUGUUGGACAGAGAUAUUUGAGUAUUAAUUAAAUUACGGUAGAAAGGUUUAUUAUGUAGAAUCUAUUCAAGGACAUAAGAA